AUGUCUGAAACCGAAGUUUCAAGAGAAAAGUUUACCAAUAAAUUUGAAUAUUUCUUGACUUCAUUGAGUUAUGCGGUGGGCUUAGGAAAUGUUUGGAGAUUCCCGUAUUUGUGUUUUAAGAACGGCGGAGGCUCCUUCUUGAUACCAUACCUCUUAAGUCUAGUAUUGAUUGGAUUCUCAUUCUUUGUAUUGGAAUCAUCUUUGGGACAGUUCUCAAGUGAAGGCCCAAUGACUGUAUGGAAAAUAUCGCCACUAUUUAAAGGGAUUGGAGUUGCCAUGUAUUGCUUUCAGUUGUUUGUGAUGAACACAUACGUUGGAAUUUACUACAACAUGGUAGUGGCCUGGGCUAUUUAUUAUUUGUACGCCACAUUCACGGCACUACCAGACCUGCCAUGGACUAACUGCAAUAAUACCUGGAAUACUGAUGACUGCCAUUCAUUGUCUAAAAGCGAAUCCUAUGAUGAAAAUAGGACUCUCAUUAGUCCGAGCGAAGACAAUCACGUGUUGAAUAUGAGUGACGGCAUCGACAACUUGGGUCAACUCAACUACCAUUUGGUCAUAUGUCUGGCCAUUGCGUGGAUUCUAAUGUUUUUAAGUAUUUCCAGAGGUGUCAAAGGAUUGGGGAAAGUGGCCUAUUUUACAGCUAUUUUCCCGUAUAUUAUGAUAACAAUACUAUUAGGAAGGGGUGCAUCUCUGGAGGGGGCAAUCAAUGGCGUAAAAUAUUAUUUAAUCCCUGAGUGGGAAAAACUGAAGGACAUUGGUGUUUGGUCGGACGCCGCCUCACAAAUAUUCUUUUCCCUUUCCAUAUGUAUGGGUGGAGUGAUCACUCUCUCCAGUUAUAAUCCUUUCAAAAAUAAUUGCCUCAAAGAUUCACUUAUAAUCGCUGUUUGUAAUUCACUGACCAGUAUAUAUGCAGGCUUUGCAAUAUUCAGUGUCAUUGGAUUUAUGGCAACAGAUUUGAACAAACCUAUCGCAACUGUAGUUGACCAGGGUGUUGGACUGGCAUUCAUAGCAUACCCAUCAGCCCUGUCAUUAUUACCGGUGGCCCCUCUCUGGUCGUGUCUAUUCUUCCUAAUGAUCUUAACUCUAGGUUUCGGCAGUGAAAUGACUCUCAUUGAAGCCAUUGUUGUGACAAUUGUUGAUCAGUGGCCACAACAGCUCAGACACAGAAAAAUCUGGGUCUUAGCGGGUGUUUGUAUGACCAUGUUUUUAUCCGGACUUUUCAUGUGCUCUAAUGCUGGAAUCUAUAUUCUUCAAUUAAUGGAUACCUAUUGUGUACCAUAUUCUGCACUAUUUAUAGCACUGUUUGAAGUAAUAGCCGUCGCAUGGGUUUAUGGUAUCAACAGAUAUAUGGAGGACAUGAAGAAAAUGUUAGGUUUCUAUCUAUUUCCGCGACACUAUUGGAAAUUUAUAUAUCAAUACUUUUGUCCGCUUGUCAUCGCUGCCCUCCUUAUACUGCAAUUUGUGUUCAAGACCCCAACCAAAUAUGGCAUCUAUGAGUUCCCCGUAUAUUCCGAAGCUAUUGGUUGGAUACUAAGUGUCUCAUCAAUAAUAUUCAUACCUAUAUUUGCUUUUUAUCAAAUAUUUACAACAGGACUUCCAUAUAUUCAGUCUGUGAAAUCAUUAAUACAACCGGACCCGGACUGGUACAAAAACAUUAAUUCCAGUGGUGGUUCCAGUGGAAAGGCGUAUCAAGAAAGUGACCAAAUUAUGUCCAUUUAAUUGAUUUAUUUAUAAAGCAUUUUUAAAUAAUUUUGUAAUUAUAUUUAAAUGGCC